AUGCCUUCCCCCAAGUCCGUCCUCUCCGCGUCUCUCCUCCUAUCCACCAGCUGGGCCACGAUGCUCGCUCCUCCACCGCCAGCUACAGCUACAUCCACCUCUCUCUUCACUCUUGCCAACACGACCGUCUCUACCGUUGGACCGACCGCCACGUCCAUCCAUUGUGACAUCACGUACUGCGUCAACGGCACGUCCUUCUGCCAUUUCUGGGCCGGCAUCAGCACAUGGUACAUGUCGGGGCCAUCGCCAGGAGAGCUGCGGACGACGGUGGGAAGUUGCAAGCUUGGAAAAGCGAGGAGGACGGCGUCUUGGGAGAAAAGAGAAUAA